GCCCCCAUUGACAGUAUCUCCAACCACUUCUCCUUCCUCCACCUCCAUUCUUAUUUCCUCAUGGAAGAACCCCUCCCCCACCCUUCUGAUCUCAUCAUCACCUCUUCCUCCUCCUCUUCUUCUUCUUCACCCUCCUCUUCUUCUUCACCCUCCUUUUCUUUCACCUCCACCUCUUCCACCUCCCCUGCCACCCCCACUGAGUCCAAGAAACGCAGCAAAGACGCCAAAGAACCCCCUUCAUACCGCGGCGUUCGUAUGCGCAAUUGGGGAAAAUGGGUCUCAGAAAUCCGCGAACCUCGGAAGAAAUCUCGAAUCUGGUUAGGCACUUUCCCCACCGCAGAAAUGGCCGCUCGCGCCCACGAUGUCGCUGCCCUCACCAUCAAAGGCCAAUCCGCCUAUCUCAAUUUUCCAGAACUCGCCGCUGAACUCCCCCGCCCCGCCACCACCACCCCCAAAGACAUUCAAGCUGCUGCCGCAAAAGCUGCCGCCACCACUUACACUACUCAUUCCACACUGCAGCCCCAACGCUCCCCAAACACUACUUCUUCAUCCAACGGUAAUGACGACUCGCUCUUCGACUUACCCGACCUCCUCCUCGACUGGAGGUCUUGGGUUCUGCCUGAAGCCGACGAUCCUCUCCUCUGGCAAUACUAUUAGAGAUUG